AUGGGCGGCAAGGCGAGCAAAGUCACGGCGCAGGACAAGGCGAUCCUGGACAUGAAGAACCAGCGCGACAAGCUCCAUCAAUAUCAGCGGCGCAUCACCGUCUUGACCGACCGGGAGACGGACAUUGCGAAGCAACUGCUGGCCAAGGGCGACAGAAAGGGGGCGCUCCUGGCGCUGCGCAGGAAAAAGUACCAGGAGUCGCUCCUCGCCAAGACGGACGCGCAGCUGGAGCAGCUGGAGAAGCUGACGGCCAACGUCGAGUUUGCCCAGAUACAAAAAGACGUCGUCUUUGGUCUGCAACAGGGGACAAAGGUGCUCAAGGAGAUUCACGCGGAAAUGGGCGGCAUCGAGCACGUCGAGAAGCUUAUGGGCGAGACGGCCGACGCGGUUGCCUAUCAAAAGGAAGUCAGCGACAUGCUGGGCGGUCGAAUCUCGAACCAAGACGAGGAAGAAGUGGAAGACGAGCUGGCGGCGCUACAGGCCGAGGUGGCAGGCCAAGGACGAAAGCUGCCGUCAGUCCCGAACGCGCGGCUGCCCGAGCGAGAGCGGGAGGCAGAACAGCAGCCCGUGGGGUCCAGAGAACCAGAUGGGCAGGCCAUGCUCGCGGCAUGA